GGGGUCUAUUCGCACUGCACCAUUCAGCAAGGGAGGCACGGAAAGAAAGCAGAGGGGAAAAGGAGGAACAAAACCAGAUCGGACAGGAGAGAAAGGUCGUUAACUUGGGGCGAAAACUAAUUUAUUAUUGUAGGCUACAUUUUCAUUGUCAUAAUAAGUUGACUUAAUCUAGAACUUUUCCGAAGUUGUUCCGACCGGAAAUCACCGCCAGCUGAAUUUUAGACUCUUACACUCACAGAUAAGGGACCCACGAGGAACGGAUGCUUUGACUGAAUUAGAUGCAAUAGAGGUAGGCUACUUUUCAGCUUCAAAUCAGAGAUCGAAUUGAAGCAAGGACUCCUCUACUCAUCGUGAACUGCGUGGCUGUAUUGUUAAGAGCUAUUAGCCUACAUUACGAGUCUACAAAUUUAUCCUCUAUGACCCUUAACUGCCAUUCUAAACGCGUAAAGUUGCCAAAUGCCUUGCAAAUUUGCAUGUCGCGAACAAUAGCACAGUAGUAGCGGCAUUUCAAAGCUGACUGACCAGCACACCGUCACGGGGAAGAAAAGAACACCUCCGAGUUUGCACCCACGGCAUCAAGAGGACAUUGACGGACCAUGGCGGCGGUAACAAGCCCGGAAUCAAGCCCACAGCCCCGCGUGUAUUUCCAGACGCCUACUGGUACCGAGGAGCCCGAAACUCCAGUUCGGAAGCAGGGAAGGGUGACCGUAAAAUACGACCGGAAAGAAUUAAGGAAGAGACUGAAUCUGGAAGAAUGGAUUAUUGACCAACUAACGGAUCUGUACGACUGCGAGGAGGAAGCCAUCCCUGAGUUGGAGAUCGAUGUGGAUGAGCUGCUGGACAUGCAGAGUGAUGUGGAUCGUGCCUCAAGGGUCAAGGACCUGCUAGUGGAGUGUUACAAACCUACUGACGACUUUGUGUCUGAGCUGCUGGACAAGAUCCGCGGCAUGCAGAAACUCAGCACGCCUCAGAAGAAAUAAAAGCUCUUCCCUCACCCUCCCUCCUACCUACCCCUCCUCCUUUUCUCCCUCUCCCCCCACAGCUCUCAUCCUCUCAUCCCUCACAGGGCUCACUGCCCUCUCCAGAACUGAUGGAAGGAGUGGGUGAUGACUGUGACCGCAUCCCACAACCCCCCCCCCCCCCCCCCCCCUCCUCUCUCUCAUGGGGGAUGAGGAGCAGGGGAAGCGAAUCUAGUCAAUCAGAUCAGAUUAUAAGCAGGGCUUAUUAUGUUCACCAUCUCAUUGUAUUUUAUUCAACUUGUUGUUUUGUUUGUUUUUGGGUUUUGAUUUAAUUUUGAUUGAAAAUGUCUUGAAGAGAAGGAAGCAGUUAUUUUUUUUAUUUUAUUUGAAGAAAAAAAAACAUGUCAUUGUUAUGCUGCACACACCCCUGUGUGUGUUUUUUCCUCUUUUUGUUGUGCGUGUGUACAUUUUGUUGGCAUACAUGUGCAGAUAUAGUACUCAAGCUGCCAUUAGGGCUAAGGGCACAGAUUGGAGAACGGACUGGUUCCUGUGUAUUCACGAAUCACUGGCCGCCACUUUUGGACUUCACACCAACCAGCCAUAUUAAGCAGUCAGUCAAUGCAAUGUGGCUGUGUUGACCAGUGGGGACACACAACAUGCUGACCAUGAUGGAGAGAUUAGAAAGAUGAGGCCUUGAUCUUCUUUUUUAAUUUUAUUUAUUCCUUCUAUUUUCUGAACGUUCAUUUCCCCUUCAUAUAGUGUGCAGUUAAGGGCUUUGUUAUGACAUGAUGGUAUGUCAUGUUACUUUGUAGUAUACUGAACUAGGAGGGGGAACGUGGGAGAUGAGUGAAGUGGAGGGAACACACACACACACACACACACACACACACACUCACACUCUAGAACACACCAGUAUACAGAUGCACACAGACAGGGACCACGGUUACCCUCAGGGAACUGCCAGGACAAAGAGAAGAGAGAAGGUGUGAAUCACCAGGUUACAGCAUCACACUGAAACUUGCUUAUCAAUCAGCCAACAACCAGACCAGCUAAUAAGUUGCUCUAGCCAAUCUUCUUAACCAUGACACCAUCCUCUCUAGGGGCACAGCCAAUCAGAUAAAAGACUGAGCUCACUGCUGUAGUUCAGGGGUCUGUCUGUCUCUCAGAUUUUUCAGGUAUCUGUUUAGUGACUGCUCGAGGUGUGCGUGCCUGUUUAUGUGUGUUUGGGUGUGUGUGACUUAAAGAGAGAGGGGUGUAAGGGCCAGUCACUACUUCCUCAACCAGCACAUGACCAUCUCACAUCCAACUUUGCCUCAAAAGCUUCUUUUUCUCUCCCUCUCUUGGCUUACGCCUUUCGAACCUCUCUUCACCUUGCCACCCUAUUCACUCGCUCCCUCUCUUUCCUCCUUGUGGUGCUCACCUUUUCAGAUGAAAGCUGACCACCUUUUUUAUUUUUUAUAUCAGACGUUGCCUUAGGUUUUAUUUAAGUUACACAAACCAAAUAAAUAGACAUUUAAUUUUGGAAAAAAGUCAAUUUACACAAAAUGGAAUCUUUGGAAGCUUUAGAGGAAUAAAGUACUCUUUCUUUUUUUUGAUGUGGGUGAUUCUGUUUUUUAGGAGUGGGUGUGACUUUAGACCCUCUUUAUGGUGCAUUCUUAGGUGCAAAUAUUAACAUUUAAUGGAAUCGUUGGAUUUUUACUGUGUACGAGCUAGUGCUGUUGAUUCCUUUUCUUUUUUUACUGUAAAAGAACUCCAGAAACAAGUGGAUUUCAUUAAAAAAUAAAAAUAAUAAAAAAAACAAAUGCAAACAAAAUACUUCUAUGAAAAAAAAAUGUAGACGUUGUUAGAGAAAGCUCCAGAGCUGUGUUUUUUGAAAACAAAUGAGAAUAAUGUAGCAAUAUUAAACUGUCCUGUUCUCCUAUUUGUUACACUUUUAUGCAACUUUAAUAAAAACAUGUCAAAGAC